AUGCUUCCCGAGUCCCCUGCACGAACGGUUGCUGAUCGCCGCCGUAAGGACAAGGCAGACCGAGAAAAAGUUCGUCAGCUCGCAGAAGAAGCCGAUGAAGAGGAGAGGACAGCGCGCCGCCAAGCUGUCUGCCUGCAGGUUCUCGGAAUACUCGAGGAAACCAACACACCUUUCAUUGAUCUACUCCGUUAUGUGUCGGAUCCCAGCCUUUAUCGCGGCAAGGAGCGAUACUGGGGCCUGUUUCGAGACACAGCCGGUGUCUCGGAGAUCCUAGAUAUGUGGGUCUCUUCUGGAAACAGCAUGACUGGGAGGGAGACCGUGCGCAAGUGGGCGACAACAUACGUUGCGCAGCUGGUGGCGCGGGAAGGUCAUACAGUGUGCAAGGACGGGUUUCUGCGCACGGAGAAGAGACCGAUUGACGAACACUUCGCUCUGGACUUCAGCCUCGAGGCGCUGGCCAGCGAUCUUCGUGGCAUCUGUCCGACAAUGAUGGAUCUCCUGUCAGCAUUCAGUACGUCCGCAAGACAAAAGCGCAUGGCCACAGCGACCUGGAUGCAACGUCACCGGAACUAUCUCGCUACCAGUGCCCUCAUAUGCCUCAGUGCUCGCAGCCAAAAGAACAACUAUGCACGCAAUAUCUUCGCACUGUACGCGUACACUUCGGGGGCCAAACGGCAGAUGAUUGAGCUCCUGUCACACAUUGGGUUGUGCUGCAGCUACAACUCCCUUACCGCGAAUCUCGGCGAUGAUAGCCUCGAACCAGACGAUCCGAACGCACCCUCGCCACUGAAUUCCACACCUGCCACCAAGAAGAAGCGGGUCGAAGGCAUACUCAAGCGCCUUUCAGAUGCGUGUCGACGCGCUGCACGUGCGAACGCGUCGACGCGUCUCCUCGCAUUUGUGUACGACAAUAUCAACAUGGUGUUCCGCAUCGCGGAGCAAAUAAUGGGUCGUAAGGACACACAGGAGAAUGGAACAUGCGCAACUGCCUUUGAGCUCUACGGCGCGGGCGAGGAGGCCAUGCAGACCGCGGAUCUCAUGACGAGCAUCGUGAACGCGCCGCCUUUGAAGUACAGCGAUCUUCUUUUCUCCCCUCAAGAGAGCCAGGACUACAACGCGAUCCUCCAGCGCGCCGUCCUUCGUAUAAUCGUUGCUCAUGGCGGUGAGCAUUUUGCGCGCUUCAAAGCCAAUGUUGAAGGUUAUGGCCCUCUGCUCGACACACGCAUACCUUUGCACCGCACCAACGUAUACCCUGUUCCUUCCAUGAAGAUUGACGAGUCGACCACGGUUGGAAAUGCGGAGGUGACGAAGGCCGUUCUUGCUGAGCUUGGCAAGGACAUGAGCAGCGAAGACUUCGGCAAAGUGGUCCAGGUCAUUGCUGGCGACCAGUUGUCCAUCGCACGUCUUCGAACUCUCAUGAAGAACCGCUCGGGGCAUGACAGCUUUUCUAACUCAUUUCUAUGGGCUGUCGUCAUGCCAGGAUUCUUCCAUUACAAGAUGGCUGGCGUACACGGCUUCAUGGAGCUGCACUAUGGACAUACCACGAGUCACCGCAACCCCGGCUCACUUGCCUUUCAUAACACCGUUCUCGACCGAAAACCCAUCACCCUCACCAGCUUACCACCAUUCCGCACAUGCCAGGAUCUCAUUUUCGUGUCGCUCUAUGCUCGAGUGCUCAUCUGCCUGGAAGCGGUCAGUUCAUGCGCAUCCCUAGAAGACUACAGUAAACAUGUGUCCUGGACACAGUUACAAGCACACGUGGCCGAGAUAGUGGACCGCUAUACCAGUAGUCGCACUGUAAGUCGCUUGCGCACAGCACGCGCUGCUGAAAUCCAAGAGCAGUCGCAUGACUUAGCGCAAGUCAGCGCCGAGCCACCGCCUCGAGAAAACGACCGUCUUCAAGGGGACAUGGUGUAUGAGAACGCACUCUUAUUUAUGCGUGACGCUCUUGUCUUGCGUGCACUCACAGACGCGAUCAAGGCAGGUGUGUCUGGCCACGUCGUCUUGCUCCUGAAGGCACUGGGCAUGAUAUAUCGAGGAUCUGGACGUACCAAGUAUGCGCAGGAAGUGUUAUUCCUGUGUCACAAUUUGACUCAUGUAUGGCCCGAGGGACUACGGUACAUUGUGCUUGAGAAUUGGCUCAUCAACCCGACCGGGAAACCGGACUCCUGGGUCGAGGUUGACCUCUUCCAGGAGCACAUGAACUUCUGGAUCAAAACAAUAUAUAGGGCUCAUGGGGUCAAUGCAUCAUGGGAGUGGCUCGCGAUGAUCUCACCAUGCAUUGACAUUCUGCGCCGCCUAUCUACCCAAAUGAACACGUCUCUCGGAGCGAAGAUAGGAUCGAAACAUACCAAUCCAAGCAUCGAAAAGGACAUCACGCUGCUCAUGGACUCCCUGCGUCAUCAUCGUGUGUACGAACUUCAUCCUGGCCGCACCAUCGACGACGACAACCCUGUUGUACCGGAUGCGCUGACUGUUGGGCUCGAACUUCUGGAGGGGCCACUUGGAGUCUUCAACGAGGAGUUCUCGAAACUACAAGCACGCUGUCAAUCCACGCCUCUUACAGGCGGCAAGUAUCCAGGCCUCGGAACGCAUAGCUCGACUGCAUCUUCCGCAACACCUCAGUCCUCGGAGCCACAGUCACAGCCGUCCACUGGAGUAGCAAGUGAUGUUCAUAUUGAGGCUCCAGUCCAGCUCUCGGACAUCGUAGCUGAGCAACACAGUGACGUGAACUCGGAUGCAGAGUUCGACCCGGAGGGAGAGGAGGACUCCGAUGGCGAAGACGAAGAUUACGAUGAGGGUCAGAACAUGUUCUCACUUGAUAUGCCGGGCGACGUAGCACUUGACCCUGACCGCCUCGACAACUUCGAGUUUGGUAUUUGA